AUGUUGGGACUAUUCCUGUUCCUGUUACUCGCGCUUGUGCAGGCGACAGUCAUUGGACCUCCCCUUGACGGCCCUGACCAGUGCCCUGGUUACAAUGCGAUCAACAUUAACGAGCACGACAACUCUCUCACGGCUGAUUUGGUCUUGGCUAACGAUGCUUGUGAUCUGUAUGGAAGUGAUCUGCCUAACUUGAAGCUACUUGUGGAGUACCAGAAGGACAAUCGCCUUCAUGUCAUGAUCUACGAUGCCAAUGAGGAGGUUUACCAGGUUCCUGAGUCUGUUCUGCCUCGCCCCUCUUCUCAGAGUACCAACGCCGAUGAUUCUGCUCUUCGUUUCGACUACCAGCCUGAGCCUUUCAGUUUCCGCGUCCUGCGUGAAGAUGAAGUUCUCUUCGAUACUACAGGCACCAAAAUUGUUUUUGAGACUCAAUACUUGAACCUUCGUACCUGGCUUCCUGAUAACCCAAAUCUGUAUGGUUUGGGCGAACAUUCUGAUUCGCUGCGUCUGCCGACUACCAACUACACCCGUACCCUAUGGAGCCGCGAUGCAUAUGGCAUUCCACCAAACAGUAACCUGUACAGUAAUCACCCAAUUUACGUGGAUCAUCGUGGAGAAGCAGGUUCUCACGGCGUGUUCUUCCUCAACUCCAAUGGCAUGGAUAUCAAGAUCGACAAGACCGAUGAUGGCAAACAGUACUUGGAGUACAACACCCUUGGAGGUGUUUUUGAUUUCUACUUCCUAUCUGGACCCACACCAAAGGAUGUUAGCAAGCAGUACUCCGAAAUUGUUGGCCUGCCAGCAAUGCAGAGCUACUGGACCUUCGGUUUCCAUCAGUGUCGCUAUGGGUACCAGGAUGCAUAUGAGGUUGCUGAAGUUGUUUACAACUACAGUCAUGCUCAUAUUCCUCUGGAGACCAUGUGGACAGACAUUGACUACAUGGAUAGCCGUCGUGUCUUUACGCUGGAUCCUUUGAGAUUCCCUCUCGAGAAGGUGACUGAGUUGGUGAAGUAUCUUCACAAACAUAAUCAGCACUACAUCGUGAUGGUCGAUCCUGCCAUUAGUGACAGUGAUAAUGGUGCCUUUAACCGAGGACGGGAGCGCAGCGUCUUCAUGUACCGUGAUGAGAACACUCUGUACCAAGGUGCUGUCUGGCCCGGUGUCACCGUGUAUCCCGACUGGUUCAACUCCGACACGCAAGCCUACUGGAACAACGAAUUCGAGCGCUUCUUCAACAAGAAAGAUGGCGUUGAUAUCGACGGACUCUGGAUCGAUAUGAAUGAAGCUGCAAACUUCUGUUCCUGGCCCUGCAAAGACCCAGCGCAUUACUCUCUCGAGAAUAACCUCCCUCCAUUACCUCCUCCAGUUCGCUCACCUCCACGUCCUCUGCCUGGUUUCCCCCGGAACUUCCAGCCAGUUCAUGGCUAUCGUGCAAAGCGGUCGCUUGAGCUUGGUACUCGAGAUACCAAGGGUCAGAAGGCUGGGCUGCCCGGUCGUGAUUUAAUCUCUCCUCAGUAUCAGAUCGCCAAUGCCGCUGGAUCUCUCAGCAAUAAGACAAUUGAUACCGAUCUCGUGCAUGCUGGGAAGGGUUAUGUGGAGUAUGAUACUCACAACCUCUAUGGUACCAUGAUGAGCUCUGCUUGUCGUGAAGCCAUGCUUCAACGCAGUCCCAAGGUUCGACCUUUAGUUAUCACCCGUAGUACAUUCGCUGGUGCAGGAGCCCAUGUUGGUCACUGGCUCGGAGAUAACCGCAGCGACUGGGACAAAUACCGCAUCUCAAUUGCGCAGAUGCUUCAAUUCGCGUCGAUUUUCCAAAUCCCCAUGGUCGGCUCGGAUGUCUGUGGAUUUGGCGGAAACACAACAGAAGAGCUCUGCGCGCGCUGGGCCACUCUAGGUGCAUUCUACCCAUUCUACCGUAACCACAACGAACUAGGCAGUGUACCACAAGAGUUCUACCGCUGGCCGAGUGUUGCUUCUGCCGCACGCAAGAUAAUUGAUAUUCGUUACCGAUUAUUGGAUUACCUGUACACAGCCUUUCACCGACAGGCAAUAUCAGGCGAGCCAUUCCUGCAGCCACUUUUCUACGUGUAUCCUGCAGACGCGCAAACCUUCGGUAACGAAGCACAGUUCUUCUACGGUGAUGCGAUCCUGAUUUCUCCAGUUCUAGACCAGGGACAAACCUCUGUGAAUGCUUACUUCCCCAAUGAUACUUUCUAUGACUGGCAUACUGGCAAGACCAUUCACGGAAGAAGCAAACCCAUUACAUUGACGGGUAUCGCAAUGACCGAGAUCCCGAUUCAUAUUCGCGGGGGCUUUGUACUUCCAUUACGAUCGCAAAGCGCGCAGACGACGGCUGAGCUCCGACGCCGCGGAUUCGAGAUUGUUGUUGCACCGAACGCAGAUAAUUAUGCAAAGGGUCAGCUGUACCUCGAUGAUGGGGAGUCACUUCAUCCUGCGAGUUCGUCUACUGUGGAGUUUGAGUACAGUCAUGGGAAGUUAGAUAUCCAUGGAGAGUUUGGAUACCGUGCAGAGCAGGUUAUGAUUGAGUCGGUGACAGUCUUAGGUCAGAGUAAGGGACCUGUUCGUCGUCGGGAUGACAUUUUGUUUGAUGCUGAGCGGGAGACGAUGAGCAAGCAGGUCAAUGUCCCAUUGACGGGCCCUAUAGUCAUUUCUUUUUAG